CUGGCUGGAUCCAGAAACUCUGCCUCUCCUCUCAUUGGACUGUAACGUGAAGCGGCUGUCAGCCCAUGUGGCGUGGCCAGCCAUUAUACAGCACAUUUAUAUUCAUCCGAGAAGAAAGGGAAAGAAGCACGGAAGCUGAACAGGAGAGGAGCCGGCUAUCAACGGAACCGAACUGAACUGCCUUCCGAACUAAUUCAGCACCGAAACCCGACCUGGUUUAUUAUAUUUUUAAGGACGUGAGAAGAGUGCAGAACACAGUAAUCCAGGAUGGAUGAGAUCGUCAUAGCGGGAAUAUCAGGCCGUUUGCCAGAGUCUGACAACCUGGAGGAAUUUUGGGAAAACCUCAUCAAUGGUGUGGACAUGGUCACAGAGGAUGACCGACGGUGGACACCAGGUCUGUAUGGUCUUCCGAAAAGGAACGGCAAACUGAAGGACAUUAGUCAUUUUGAUGCACCUUUCUUUGGAGUCCACCCCAAACAGGCCAACACCAUGGACCCCCAGCUCCGUCUCAUGCUGGAGGUUGCCUAUGAGGCCAUCGUGGACGGAGGUCUGAAUCCAAGCACCAUGCGUGGAAGUAGGACAGGAGUCUAUAUUGGAGUGAGUGGCUCUGAGGCUGGUGAGGCCUUCAGCAGAGAUCCAGAGGAGUUGUUGGGCUACAGUAUGACAGGCUGCCAACGUGCCAUGCUGGCCAACCGACUCUCUUACUUUUUUGACUUCAAAGGCCCCAGCAUUACUAUCGAUACAGCCUGCUCCUCCAGCCUGCUGGCUUUGGAAAAUGCCUUUCAUGCAAUUCGACAGGGCCACAUCGAUGCUGCCCUGGUGGGGGGAGUCAACCUGCUGCUCAAGCCAAAUACUUCAGUCCAGUUUAUGAAGCUGGGAAUGCUCAGUCCUGAGGGCACCUGCAAGUCUUUUGACUCAUCAGGAAAUGGAUACUGCCGAUCUGAAGCAGCAGUAGCAGUGCUGCUGACCAAGCUUUCUGCAACAAAGAGAGUUUAUGCCACCAUAAUCAAUGCAGGCAACAAUACAGAUGGAUACAAAGAGCAAGGUGUAACGUUUCCUUCAGGUGACAUUCAACAGAGCUUGGUUCGUUUUCUCUACCAGGAGGCAAACAUAUCACCUGUACAAGUGGAGUACAUUGAAGCUCACGGCACUGGAACAAAGGUCGGAGACCCACAGGAGGUGAAUGGUAUCGUCAGUGUCUUCUGUCAGGCAAAGCGAGAGCCCUUGCUGAUUGGCUCCACCAAAUCCAACAUGGGCCAUCCAGAACCUGCUUCUGGUCUGGCUGCCCUGGCAAAGGUGAUUCUGUCUCUGGAGCGGGGAGUUUGGGCUCCCAAUCUGCACUUUAAUGAUCCUAAUCCUGACAUUCCUGCCCUAACUGAUGGCCGGGUUCAAGUUGUUGACCAGCCCAUUCCUGUUCGAGGGGGCAUUGUGGGAAUCAACUCCUUUGGAUUCGGUGGCUCAAAUGUUCAUGUUAUCCUUCGGCCAGCUGGUAAACCUUCAAACUCAACCAUACCAAGGACGCUUCCCAGAAUGCUUCCAGUGUGUGGCCGUACUGAGGCUGCAGCAAAUGCGGUCAUCCAAAAGGGGAAGGAACACAGCUCCGAUGAAAGCUUCUUGUCUUUGCUUAGCAGAGUGUCAGAAAUCCCAGUUGCCAGCAUGCCCUUCAGGGGUUAUACUCUUCUUGGGUCUCAGAGUGACAUAAAGGAGGUGCAGAUGGUGCAAGCUUCUGCUAGACCAUUGUGGUAUAUCUGCUCUGGGAUGGGAACCCAGUGGGCAGGUAUGGGCCACAGUCUCAUGCAGCUUCCUGACUUCAAAGAGUCCAUUCUGCAGUCUGAUGUUGCCCUGAAGGACACUGGCCUGGUUGUGUCUCGACUGCUCAGUGAAGCUGAUGAUACAACUUUUGAGGACACCGUUAACGCCUUUGUUGGUCUUGCUGCCAUACAGAUAGCCCUAAUCGAUCUGCUCAGGAAGAUGGGUCUUCAGCCUGAUGGUAUCAUAGGGCACUCUGUGGGAGAACUGGCCUGCGGAUACGCUGAUGGUUCCUUUACCCACAGCGAGGCCAUUCUGGCUGCCUACUGGAGAGGCCACUGUAUCAAAGUGGCCGACCUACCUGCAGGAGGCAUGGCCGCAGUUGGGUUGACCUGGGAGGAAUGCAUCUCUCAGUGUCCUCAGGGAGUAGUUCCAGCCUGUCACAAUGCUGAGGAUUCUGUUACCAUCUCAGGUCCUCAGGAAGCAGUUCAUACAUUUGUGUCUGAACUAAAAGAACAAGGAGUGUUUGCAAAAGAGGUUCGCAGUGCCGGCGUGGCUUUCCACUCCUACUACAUGGCCUCCAUUGCUCCUAACUUGCUGGCUGCUCUAAAAAAGGUGAUCAAGGAGCCACGCCAGCGCUCCUUUCGUUGGGUCAGCACCAGCAUACCUCAGUCUGAGUGGGACUCUCCUCUGGCUAUGUACAGCUCAGCUGACUACCAUGUCAACAACCUCCUAAGCCCUGUGCUGUUUCAGGAGGCCCUCAGUCUGGUGCCUGAAAAUGCUGUGGUGGUGGAGAUAGCUCCUCAUGCUCUGCUGCAGGCCAUCCUGAAGCGUAGCCUGAAGCAAUCCUGUUCAAUCCUUCCUUUAAUGAAGAGAGGUCAUGCCAACAACCUUGAGUUCUUCCUCUCAAACAUUGGCAAAAUCUACAUGAAUGGGAUCAACGUGGAUUCUAACGUCCUGUACCCUGCGGUGAGCUACCCGGUCCCAGUUGGCACCCCGAUGAUCUCUCCAUUAGUGCAAUGGGACCACACUCAGACUUGGGAUAUCCCUAAAGUGGAACAUUUUUCCCACAGCUCAGGAUCCAAGUCUGCUACCAUCUAUAAUAUUGAAAUAAACUCUGAGUCAUCAGACAACUAUCUCAUUGAACACUGCAUCGAUGGACGCUUUCUCUACCCAGCAACGGGUUACCUGGUGCUGGCCUGGCGCACCUUGGUCAGGAGUCGUGGGAUAGGGAUGGAAACCACUCCUAUCAACUUUGAGCAUGUGAAGAUCCACAGGGCUACUAUCCUGCCAAAGACUGGCUCUGUUCAGUUAGAAGUGCACCUCAUGCCUGCGACUAACAAGUUUGAAGUUUCAGAGAAUGGUAACUUGGUUGUUAGUGGUAAGGUCAGCAUCCUUGAGGAUGCAGACCUUAAUUUGUUCCAAGUUUCAAUGAACCAGAAAGAUGAAAAACCGAACGACUCAAAUAUAAAGCUUACGUCACAUGAUGUCUACAAAGAACUGCGACUGCGUGGCUAUGACUAUGGAAAGGCUUUCCAAGGCAUCUUGGAGUCCAGCAGUGAUGGAGACAGUGGAAAGCUGCAGUGGACAGGAAACUGGGUGACCUUUUUAGAUACCAUGCUACAGAUGAUGGUGGUCGGGAUUCCAGGUCGCACUCUGCGUUUGCCAACCAGAAUCCGCUCUGUAUACAUUGAUCCUGCUGUCCAUCUGGACAAAGUCUGUGGGUACAACGAUGAGAUGCAAGCUGUUGAUGUCCAUGUAAGCCGCUGCCUGGACAGCAUUGUUGCUGGUGGAGUACAAAUCUCUGGUCUGCAUGCCACUGUGGCCCCCCGCAGACAGCAGCAGCAGAGUCCCCCCACCCUGGAGGAGUUUGUGUUUGUUCCUUAUGUGAUGACAGAGUGCCUUGCAACCAAUCAGACACUAACAGAGCAGUGGAACCUUUGCAAAGCUUUAAUUCACAGACUACAGCGGAAGUUGGCUCCUCAUGGAGUCCAGCUGCCUGUUUCUGGGUUACCAGGAGACUCGACUGAUUCUCCUCCCAGCCAGGAGGUGUCUAAGCCCUGCCUGGAGCGACUGCUGAUGCUCCUGUGUGAACUGGAGCUGAAUGGAAACCUUCGGUCUGAACUGGAGCAGUUGGUUGUUAAGGAGCAGACAUGUCUGCUGCAGGACGGUCUGCUGCAUGGGCUGUUGGAGGAUCCAGUUCUUCGACAUCUCCUGGACAUAAGCAUUGAGAACUGUACGCCAGGGAGGAUCAAAGUCUUGGAGGCUCUUGCAAAUGAUGGCCAGCUUUUCUCUCGUGUGGUACCCCUCCUCAACAUUCAGCCAAUGUUGGAUGUAGACUACACAGCCACAGCAACACACCUGGAUCUUCUGUCCCCUUAUGAAGCCACCCUGGAAGAGCUUGCCGUGGCUUCAGCACAGUGGAAUCCUCUUAAUGACCCAGCUCCUGGAAAAAUGGCUGCAGGGGCAGACCUGGUUGUGUGUAAUCAUGCUUGGGGGGGCCUGAGGACAGAUCCCAGACAGCUGGUGGCCAACCUGGCUUCUGGGGCCAAAGAGCAGGGUUUUAUUCUUCUCCACACCUUGCUGAAGGGCCAGACUCUGGGAGAGACCGUGGCUGUCCUCACCAGCACCACCCAGGGCAACAAUCAAUGUGGACUGCUCACACAGGCAGAGUGGGAGAAAGUGUUCUCUGAGGGCAGUCUGACCCUGGUAGCUGUCCGAAAGUCUUUUUUUGGUUCGGUUCUUUUCCUUUGUCGCUGCAAGUCUCCCAGCAGACAGUCUGUUUACCUACCUGUGGACAGCACCGACUUUCUGUGGGUGGAAAAACUCAAGGCUAUAUUGGCAGAUUCAUCAGACCAUUGUGUGUGGCUGACUGCCUCUCAGGCCCACAGUGGGAUUGUGGGAAUGGUCAACUGCCUGCGGCAGGAGCCAGGUGGCAAUCGAAUACGCUGCAUGUUUGUGUCCAAUCUGAAUGGCUCCUCAGCUACGCCAAGCCUCCAGCCGGGCCAGACGUCUAUGGAAUCUGUGUUAGAAGGAGAUCUGGUCAUGAAUGUUCUCAGAGAUGGACAGUGGGGCUCCUUCAGACACCAGCUUGUCUCUCACGAUCUGAAGGAAGAGCUGACUGAGUCUGCAUUCAUCAAUGUUUUGACCCGAGGUGACCUGUCCUCCCUGCGCUGGAUUUCCUCCCCUCAGCACCGAUCCGUCUGCAUCAGCCCCACUGUGCAGACGUGUCACGUCUACUACAGCUCCCUUAACUUCCGAGAUAUAAUGCUUGCUACUGGCAAACUUCCCCCGGAUGCUAUUCCAGGGGACAUGGCUCUUCAGCAGUGUCUGUUGGGUAUGGAGUUUUCUGGUCGUGACCCCACUGGUCAGCGGGUCAUGGGGCUGCUGCCUGCUAAAGGCUUGGCGACGGCUGUGGAAGCUGAUAGAAGAUUCCUGUGGGAAGUGCCCCUUAGCUGGACAAUGGAGCAAGCAGCUUCUGUCCCAGUGGUUUACGCCACUGCCUACUACUCACUUGUGGUACGAGGCAGGCUCCGACCCGGUGAAACGGUUCUGAUCCACUCGGGUUCUGGGGGUGUCGGCCAGGCUGCCAUCGCUAUAGCACUCAGCAAGAACUGCAGAGUUUUCACUACAGUUGGCUCAGCAGAGAAACGGGCCUACCUGAAAGAAUCCUUCCCUCAACUAUCAGCAGAAUCAUUUGCUAACUCCAGGGAUACCUCUUUUGAGCAGCAUGUUCUGCUCCACACAAAGGGCAAAGGUGUGGAUGUGGUGUUAAACUCUCUGGCUGAGGAGAAGCUGCAGGCUAGCAUCCGCUGUGUAGCCCGACAUGGACGAUUCCUGGAGAUUGGAAAAUAUGACCUUUCCAACGACUCUCCACUGGGCAUGGCUCUGUUCCUGAAGAACGUUGCCUUUCAUGGGAUCCUGCUGGAUGCUUUGUUUGAAGAAGGCAACAAGGAGUGGGAGGAGGUGUCCCAACUGUUGGAAGAGGGCAUUUUGGGAGGUGUAGUUCAGCCUCUGAAGACUACAGUUUUUCAGAGGGACGAAGUUGAGCAAGCAUUCAGAUACAUGGCUCAGGGCAAGCACAUCGGCAAAAUUGUCCUGCAGAUCCGUUCUGAGGAAAAGGGCUCAGCCGUUCAACCCGCUUCGUGUCUGGUUCUUCCUGCUAUUUGUCGUACUUACUGUCUUUCUUCCCACUCCUACAUCAUCACUGGCGGACUUGGAGGUUUUGGCCUGGAGCUUGCUCAGUGGUUGAUUGAACGUGGGGCCUGCAAAUUGGUGCUUACAUCUAGAUCGGGCAUCAGGACGGGUUACCAGGCCAAGCGGGUUCACGAGUGGCAGAAACUGGGUGUGAAUGUCCUGGUUUCCACCAGUGAUAUCAGCACACUGAAGGGAACUGAGAAGCUGAUCUCUGAGGCAUGUGCACUGGGCCCAGUGGGCGGAGUCUUCCAUCUCGCCAUGGUAUUGAAAGAUGGCAUGUUGGAAAAUCUGACACCUGAUCUAUUUCUUGAUGUUGGCAAACCAAAAUGUGAUGGCACCAUGAAUAUAGACAAAGUGACAAGGAAAAUAUGUCCAGACCUCAGCUACUUUGUGGCCUUCUCCUCAGUCAGCUGUGGGCGUGGAAAUGCUGGUCAAAGUAACUAUGGUUAUGCCAACUCAGUGAUGGAACGUGUGUGUGAAAAGCGCCGCUUCGAUGGCUUGCCUGGAUUAGCGGUCCAGUGGGGGGCCAUUGGAGAUGUGGGUGUGGUGUUGGAGACGAUGGGUGGAAACGACACAGUGAUUGGGGGAACCUUACCUCAACGCAUCAUAUCCUGCCUGGAGGUGCUGGACUUCUUUCUGCACCAACAGCAGCCUGUGAUGUCCAGCUUUGUGUUGGCAGAGAGGAUGGUGGUGAGGAGUGAGGCGGGCAAUCAGAAAGACUUGGUGGUUGCUGUAGCUCACAUUCUGGGUGUGCAUGAUGUGAACUGUCUUAACGCUGACGCCUCGUUAGCUGACUUGGGCUUGGACUCUUUGAUGGGUGUGGAGGUUCGCCAGACCCUGGAGCGGGACUAUGACAUUGUGAUGGCUAUGAGGGAGAUCCGCCAACUCACAAUCAGCAAGCUGCGGGAGUUGGCUAACAGCAAGACAGAAGACACAAAUGAAAGUAACCAGACCAAAGCCGAGAAGGAUGCCGCUCGCUCUGUAUUGGAGUCUGAUGUGACCCAGGCGCUAGUGGACCCUAGUGGCCCCACCGUGAUACCACUCAACAAGGUUCAAAGCCAGGAGAGACCCUUGUUCCUGGUCCAUCCCAUUGAAGGCUCUAUUUCUGCAUUCAAGACGCUCGCCUCCAAGCUCAGCAUACCCUGCUUUGGCUUACAGUGCACCAAAGCUGCUCCUCUGGACAGCAUCCAGUCGCUGGCAGCGUACUACGUGGGCUGUAUCAGACAGCUUCAGCCGGAUGGACCAUACAGGAUAGGAGGCUACUCCUUCGGUGCCUGUGUUGCGUUUGAAAUGUGCUCUCAGCUGCAGACACAGAAUCAUUGUGUGGAGUAUCUGUUCCUGUUUGAUGGUUCACACUCCUAUGUGGCAGCUUACACACAGAGCUACAGAGCCAAGCUCACUCCAGGUAAAGAGUCUGAGGCUGAAACUGAGGCCAUGUGUGCCUUCAUCCAGCAGUUCACAGGCAUUGAAUACAACAAGCUGCUGGAGAUUCUACUUCCACUUUCAGACCUGAAGGCUCGCGUCCAGGUGGCAGUGGACCUCAUCACCUCCAGCCACCAGAAUAUCAGCCGUGACUCUCUUCACUUUGCAGCUUCCACUUUUUAUCACAAGCUAAAUGCUGCUGAUGGAUAUGUACCUGCAACAAAAUACCAUGGCAACGUUACGUUACUACGCGCCAAAACCAGCAGCGAAUAUGAACAAAACCUAGGAGAGGACUAUAAGCUUAGUGAGGUUUGUGAUGGGAAUGUGUCUGUUCACGUCAUCGAAGGCGACCAUCGCAGUCUCCUGGAAGCAGCAGGAGUGGAGUCCAUCAGCAGCAUCAUUCAGAACUCGGUGGCUGGGCCACGAGUCACCCCAAAAGAGGGCUAAAAACACCCUGUUCAACCACCAGUUCCACAACAUUCCCCGAAGAUCCCAACUCCAUAUUCUUACCCCUCAUCUUGAGACAAAGCAGAUCCCAAACUGAAGGUGUAGCAAAUGAUGAGUGGAUAAUAAAUCAAGGAACAGUAAUAAUCUAACAGACUUCCCUACUUAUAUUUUAUUGCUUUAAGUUUGUUCCGAUACUUGUUGCUGUUCAUCAUUUUACUGUUACACAUAAACAAGGUCAGGAUCCAUUUAAUUCAUGUUUGUUUCCACCUGAACCCCCCGAGAUGGCCAAACACUGAGAAAUUUAUUUUGUGGGGGACAAUUUUUGGACUAGGGACAUUAUCAGCAACACCCCCUCCCCCCACACGGCUUGUUUCCCUGCAGAGAUAUUUUUGUUCACUAGUUAUUGUAAUAAAUAUUUUUGGGUCAUUAUAACGUGGAUAUUGAGAAAGUCCCAAACUAAUCUUGACAACCAGUGGAUCAGCAUUUAUUUAGAUGAGUAUAACUGUACAAAACAUGAUGUGCAUGAAUUGCUUUCCUUUUUAUUAAUGUUACAUUCAUUGUAAUGAAAUAGAAAAAAAUUCUUAUUGCUUGUAGAUUCACAGGCCUGCAGUGAAUCCAACAAACCUGGAUGAGCGCCUCUACUUUUAAUCAAGCAGCUCUGUGGUUCUGCUCUAUUGGUUUUACUUUGUUCAGGUGGAACUUUGUGAGUUAGCUUACAUUGUUAUGAUCUCACCUGUUUACCAAUGUAAAGCACUUAAAACCUCCUGCAUUCUAGUGUCUCCUUUUCUAUGCUGACAUGAAGUUCAACUCAAGCAGUCUCUUUGAUGCAACCAGUGACACUGUAACAAGCUAGUAAUGAAAUGCUGUGAAUGAUUAGAUGGUGUUCUGUCUUAGGAAGUCCAGUUUAGUUUCCUGUCCUGAGAUCUCAGUGGUCCAUGAAGGGUCAGGAAAUGCAGUAAUGAUGUUUUCUCCUAAAUAUAUUUCCAAUGUUUAAAAGAAUAAAUAAAAGCUUCUUAAAAAACAA